GGAAGAUAUGAAAUAACAAUGAUUAUCGUGAUACUGUGUUUGGUAUUCGGAAAUCAUUAUAGUUUUGUGAGUAAAGGUGAUUUUAUGUGCGUAGUUCCAUCUGAGAUUUGAGUAGACUGUUCUCGUUUUCAAAUACGAUGUAUUGGUUUUUCGUUAUAACAUAUUUUCAGUAGUAAUUGUGCUAUGGAAGAAGCUACUGAUGUAGUGCUGAGUAAGAUUAGUCUGCGGGAUCUCUCAGGACUGAGCGACAGUUUUUUCGAAGAAGGAACACCAACAAAUAUAUCUCAAGUACUCGACGAGGCCAAAUGGAGACUCUCGCACCUCAAAGAACAAUUCAAUAGUUUCAAGCUAGAUCCCCUUUUUGAAACGUUUACCAGGAAAUUGAAUCAUGGCUACUUUUCACUCUUCCUGAUACUUCAAACUCUUCUGAGCUCUACUCAUUUGAUAAUAGUGAUAGUGACAAAUAAGGAUGAUCUGCAUAGUGUUAUUCCUGAUCUCAUACUAUACUCUAUGAUGAUAGUUCUGUCUCUCUCAGGAAUAACCCUAGUUGACAGGAUAGCGAAAAAUCACCAAAUAUUGCAGUAUGUGUGUCUGAUGUGGUAUGGAAUUAUUUUUUUCGUGAAUUUUUUCAUACCCAUCUACCACCGGGACGAUGGUCGGUUCCUGCCUGCUUAUACACCCACUCUUAUAAUCGCCACUUAUCUAUUUUUUUGCAUAAAACGCUUGUACGUUGCGUUAUUGAUGGGUCUACUGGUCGGUGUCGUCAAUACAGCCCUAAAUACUUGGCAUAUAUUAUAUGGUCACUCGAGUAUAACGUGGAGAAGGAUCCUAUCGGAUAUUCUAUUUUCCGUAUUUUUAAAUGCAUUGGGCUUGUACUAUCGAUAUAUGAAUGAAAUCGUUACCAGACACAGUUUUUUAGAUAGAAGGGAAUGCAUCAUGUCCACCCAUCAACUCAGACAUGAACGAAAUCAGAUGGAGCAACUAAUGCAAAGUAUCCUCCCAGAUUAUGUUCUCAACAAAGUGAAAGAAAGGUACCUAGAAGCUACUCGAGCAUUCCUCAGAACAGGAAAAAUUCUAGUGAGAAAUCCAUUCGAUGCUUCACUUCUGGAUUUGCACGAAAAUGUAUCUAUAUUAUUUGCUGAUAUUGUUCACUACACAGAGAUGACGAUUCAGUUGGAUAUAACCGAAUUAUUAGAGACCCUCAAUGAUCUAUUCACUUUAUUCGAUGCAGCAUCUAUGGAUCUCAAAGUAUCACGGAUCAAGUUUCUUGGCGAUUGUUACUACUGCGUGGCUGGACUUCCACCCAAUGCUGCACCAAAUCCAGCUGAAGCUUGCGUAGAUUUUGGUCUGCAAAUGAUAGAAAUUAUAUCUGCAAUCAAGAAACAAAGAAAUCUGAAUAUAAACAUGAGGAUAGGAGUGCACGAUGGAACAAUAAUUGCUGGUACCAUUGGAGCAAUCAAAUAUCAAUUCGACAUAUGGUCGAAAGAUGUGGAAACUGCAAAUAAAAUGGAAAGUGAAGGAUGCGCAGGGAAAGUUCAUAUAACGAAUAAAACUAAGGAGAAACUCAAGAAACACUAUCACAUAGUUCCAACAAAUAAAGGAGAAACUGUUCCACAAUUCAAACAAAUAGGAAUAACGACAUUUUUAGUAUCACCGACACAAUCAGAAAUCAGACGGUGUUGUUCCGAAGGUGACAUUUGCGAAAACCAUCUACCUCUGCCACCUGGUCGCCCAUCGGUGUUCAAGAAACGGAACGAAACUUUCCUGAAACAAAUGCAAAGAACGACAUCCUUGAGCGAAGAGGAGACCACAUCCAAAAACGUUCCAUCCAUUGAGGAACACCGACCAAAAUAUGUAUCGUUAAGUGAGGACGAAACUAGUGCGAGUUUGAGGUACGUGAGAGACAGCUGCGACCCUCGGAAGGAAUCUGCGGUAGAAAAAUUGUACAAAAAGAGGAUAAGCUCCAGCCCCAGCAGCAGGAGCUUCGAGGGAAGACGAAGUAGCAACUCGGUAAAAAGAAGAACCGCUUUUAUGAACAAUAACAUCAAGAGAUAUGCUGAACGAACAGAAGUUGUGAAUGCGGAGAUGAGGAAUAAGAUAGAAGAAAUAUCCUUUUCGAAAUAUCGGCAGUACAUGGGAUAUAAGGAUAUUAUUCCUCUACUCCUAUUCAGAAAAUGUAAAAUUGAAUGGGAAUACCUGAAGAUACCUGAUCCACUAUUCAAAUAUUAUCUACUUGGAUCAUUUGGCUUGGUUAUGCAUGCAUAUUUGUUACAAAAUCUCACACUGAUUGAGUGGGACCGAGCAACUUGGACUUUUUUGGGAACUGCAUCAUUGAUACUCCUUGCAUUGCUACCAUCAUCUUGGGCACAAUGUUUUUAUUACAAAUAUAUAACCAAGCAUGUGAAUGAACUACCCAAGAAUAAACUGGCACUUUAUUUAUGCGCAGCAUCUAAACAUAUAUCAAACAAUGUAUUUUUGAGGUUGACAAUUUUCUCACUUGUUUACAUCCUGUUUUUCGCUUGCGUCUACAAUGAGUUAAUGGACUGCAAACACAGCAUCGAUGAUAGUCCUGCACGAGACACUAGAUUGCCACUUUCUGAUUUUAAGCCACGACAGGAUGUUGACUGCGUAUUGCCUUGGCAUAUGACAGAAACCUGUAUUAUGACAGUAGUCAUGUCAUUUUUAUUCUUGAGGAUUUUCAUCUGGCUGAAACUUGUCUACGGGAUUAUCGUUUUGUCCUUUUAUAGUUACUGUGUGAUCAUACUAGACAAAGGAUAUUAUGAGGAAAGUGAAACUUUCAACUAUUCGAUGCCUCCGCAAGUAGCUCACAUACUCGGUACUGUAUUUUUGACAUUCACUCUUCAUUUAGUUGACAGACAGACUGAUUACAUGAACAGGUUGGAUUAUCUAUUGAACAGAGAAGUUAAAUCUGCUCAGGAAAAAGCAAAUGAACUUCAAAAGGUCAAUGAAAUCUUGCUUCUCAAUAUAUUGCCAAAACAUGUAGCUAAAGUUUAUCUGGAUGUGAAUCGAGAGCCAACCGAUCUGUACUAUGAAGAGCACAAUGAUGCAGUAGUCAUGUUUGCCUCCAUUAUUAUGGAUGAUGAUUUGCUGGAUGUUCUGAAGGACUACAAGUUUCUUUCACUCAUGAAUAUUUAUAUACAUUCAUAUGAUACGAUAACAAAUAGGCCAGAAUUCCGUUCCAUCGAGAAAAUAAAAAUUGCCAAAUGGACCUAUAUGGUAGCUUGUGGUCUGAACCCAGGCGGUAGGGUGAAUGAUUUAGAGAAGCAUUAUACUACGUCCAAUUUAUCUACGCUACUUGGUUUUGCCACAGAGAUGUUCAAAACCACAAAAGAUCUGAACAGGAAGUUGUUUCAAGACUUAAAAUUGAGGAUCGGGGUUUGUCAUGGUACCAUCGUGGCUGGAGUAGUAGGAUCCAAUAAACCUUUGUAUGACAUUUGGGGCAACCCAGUGAACAUGGCAUCCCGAAUGGACAGUACCGGCAUACCAAACAAUAUCCAGGUGCUAGAAGAAACGGCAGAGAUUAUCCAGAAACUAGGUUUCGUAUGCGAAUAUCGCGGAUCUAUACCCGUUAAAGGUAGAAGCGGCUUGGUGAAAACCUACUUCGUGAAAAUGGACGAUCAAUUCAAUCUUGUGAGGAGCCUCGAAGAUCCAUAAUGCAGUUUUUUCUAUGAUAUUUUUGAAUACUCACCAUUCUUAGCACACUGUCAGUAAUAUUGAGACAGAAUUUAUAAGCAUCUUCACAGUUCUGGCGAAUGUUAUUGAAGAAAUCAUUGUUAUCAAUCUAUUGCUCUAUGAUAAUACCUACUUACCUAGCUGAUAUGAAGAGAAGAAUUCACAUGCGUAAUGUUAGUAUUCAUACCAUCAGGCGAUGAAACUACACAAGUACCUAGUACCAAAUGGGUAUCACCAAACCUAUUUAUUUCAGUGGAAAUUGUAAAUAAAGUUGUGCGAAAAAAAUAGGUGGUGAUUCCUUGUUAUAUUUCAGGGAAAAUGUGAAAUAAAAAUUUGUACUAGCUUGCUUCGUAUUCAAUUGUUGUUGAAGUCAAGCGUAUUGGUUGUUAAAUUUUUGAUCCCCCCGUGUGAGCUUUUACGCUGGUAAAAUUCAGUCUUUGUUGUUGGUGACUAACAAAGUCCCAAAAUUCCAGAAGGAUAUACUUAUUGAAGUUAUUGAGUACCUAAUAUAAAUAUGUGUCUUGAGUGCAUAUCUACACAUUAAAAUUUGGAGUCAGAUCGAAACUUUAUUGUUUCCUAAAGUUGGGCUGAGCAAGAUACGGAAGUAAUAAUAUAUAAUGGAUAAGAUAAUUAUUUUUUCAAGUCUUCAAUCUGAAGGAAAUAUGAAACUUGAAAAUACCAGUGGUGUGCAAUCAUAUUCAUCAUAAUUAUCGAUGAGAUAACCCACUGCGACGCAACUGGAAUUAUUUUUUCAGAUCUGAUUACACCAAAAAAAGGUCCAUGCAAAUAUUCCAUUGUAAUUGACAAAAAGACAUUCGGUAGGUGGUAUAAAAGCGAUUUAUUAUGAAAACGUAUUGAUAUUCUGUAUCUCAGAAAAGGAGCAAGUUAGGUCAAAUGUAUACACUUUUUCUUAUAAAAUAUAACCGGAAAUCACCCCUGAAUCUAUUUCCCAACUUAUAGGACUUUAACAGAGUCAUUAGAGAACAUAUAUUUUCAAGAUGAAAAUUUCAAGUGAACAUAUUAUAUAGAUAUACAAGGUGUCAAAAUGUCAUAUUGUGUUCAUGCUUUUUAUGUUUUCUCCUAUAAUCUUCAAAAUGAAAAAUAUCAAAUUCGGUACACCAAUUAUUCUUCAAACUUGAGAAACCCAAAAAAUAUAAAGAACUUUGACACCGUCUGUAUCUCAGAAACGUAGCUCCAAACGCAUACUAUGUUUACAUGAGUAGGUAUUGCAUAUUAAUAAAAUUAUUCUUCAAGCUGUUGAAGUCCUCUGCUUCAAAAAACUGACUCAGCCCUGUAAAUAGCUUCUAGAUGCUUUUGUAUGACAAAAGACAAUUGUAUAAUAUAUAUUUAUUAAGUAUACA